GACGAGGGCAGAGAGAAGAAGAGACGACGAUGUCCGCCACCGUUGCUGAUUUAGUGGCGUGUUCCUCUGCCGCUGCCUCCGCUUCUGGCCAGGCGUCGCGCUACGUGCUGAAAUCGUCCUCUCAGCACCUCGCGCCCGCUGCCGUCGUCAGCUAUCGGUACAAGGAAGCUGUUGGAAAAGGUUUCAGCAAGAUCACAGGAUGUCGAACUCGUAACUUCUUGCCGGAUAGAUCCAGCAUUGCGUUUCAGCCUAACUCGGCUGCAUUGCCUAGUUUGUCCCUCAGCCAACGUUCAAAUGGACCGAAUCAGAUCCAGCAUAUCAGUACUUCAAAAGAAAGCCCUUUUAUGCACAUAUCCUCCACAUCAACCUCGCUUUUCAAAGAUGAAGAUGGUGAGUCCUCAUACAAUCUUCCAAAGCUACCCAGAAGAGCAUCCAUAAAACCAGCAAAAGCAUACAAGUGCUUCAACUCUCCAGCCUUAGCCGAGAAGCCAGAAUGGUGGUGGAGGACAUUAGCAUGUAUCCCUUAUCUGAUUGCCCUGCAGAUAUCAGCUGCAGGAUACUACAUCCAGCCCUUACUAGAACACUAUGGUUGCUUCGAAAACUUGAUCUUCUUCGUUCCUGGAGCAAUCACAAGGCUACCCAUGUGGUUUACAUUGCUCUACUGCUUCUUUGCCUACGGUGGGAUUGUGAAGAACAAAGAAUGGCCUCACUUCUUCAGGUUCCAUCUCAUGAUGGGAUUGCUGUUGGAGACUUCGUUGCAGAUUGUAUGGGCCACUAGCAAUUUUUUCCCUUUGAUUCACCAGGAGGGCAGGUUGGGAAUGUAUUAUUGGGCUGGAGUGGGAUUUGCUUACAUACUGAUUCUGGUGCAGUGUGUGAGGUGUGCCCUUGCAGGGGGCUAUGCUCACGUGCCUUUCAUUUCAGAGAAUGCUUAUAUUCAUACCCGGUUCAACAUUGGUGGUCUGCAAAGGCCCUGGUGAAAGAAAGAGAGAGAGAUAGAGAAAGCAGAAUGUCGAUGGCUCGGGGAAAAGAAGAGGAUAUUGAUGAAAAGGUGGUUUGCAGAGUAGAUUAGGAGUUUUGUAAUCUGUCAUUAUGUGAGCUUCACUUUUUUCCCCUUAGCCCCAGGGGUUCUGAACCUUGAUGACAAUAUUCUAGUGAUAUAUUUCUAAGUAUCAUUUAUAAAAACA